UCCCUUUAAAAACAAUCCGACGUAACGUGACGCAGAUGCUUCCAUCCAUAUACCCUUGUGUCUCUCCUGACGCGGCAGCCAUCCAGCGCACCUCCUGUAUCCCUCCUGGUCCAGCCUCCCCACUCCCUCUCCUCCUCUCCUCCCCUCCCUUCCCGGGUGUGUGAGCCAGGAUCGCCGCUCCAUCCAGCGGAGCUCUUGGCGAAGAACCGCAGGGAAACAAUGAAAACCGAGGCGAUGGAACCGCGAAAGGACUGACAUUGCAACGGGAGAGGGGGCACAGGCUCUCAGUCCUGAUCUGACGAACAGAGAGACAGAGUGAGGACAUAAGAAGAUAAAGGUCGCAGAAGAGGCUGUCUGGCCCCAUGUCUGCCCCUGCUCCAGCCAAUCGGAGGACUGGGUUGGGUUCUCGCCGAUUCAACCCCCUGAAGGUGCUGCAGCCCAAACACCGUUUGCAGCAAAUAUUGGCGUCCUCGCCCGUCCCGGUGCCCAAGCCGGCGUCAGGGACAGGGACGGGGACUGAUGUGGCUGCGCCAGGGGCCACGGCGCCAGUGGCCAUUCCUAUGCCUGCGCCCCCUGCGUUUGACUACUGCAAGUUCAUAGAGCUAGACUACGUUCCCAUGGAGACAGGCUAUAUGGUCUCAAUGCGUCCGACUAAAGGCUAUGCAUCGACCAAGUCACCAACUAAAGGAUACACUUCCACCAAGUCUCCAGAUCGCCACAGCCGUUCAACAAACUCUCCCUCCACCCCUCGCUCUCGGCGGACACCGGCCCCACCCAGUAAUAGAGAUCCCUAUGGCAAUGCCUCCAUCAGCAGCGGCAGCAACUCAGGCUCUUGCAAAGGCAGCGACUGCAGCCCCACGAAAGGACGUCAUCAGAAGUACACGUCAUGUACGGACAACCAUGGUAUCCGGCCUCCUCCACCAGAACAGUACCUCACACCCCUACAACAGAAAGAGGUGUGCAUCCGACACCUGCGGGCCAGGUUAAAGGAAACAAUCAACACCCUGCAAGACAGGGACACAGAGAUAGAUGAGCUGAGAGGCCAGCUUUACAGGAUGCAGGAGGACUGGGUUGAGGAGGAAUGUCACCGUGUGGAGGCUCAGCUGGCAUUAAAGGAGGCGCGUCAGGAGAUCCAGCAGCUCAAACAGGCUGUGGACACUGUUCGUGCCAGGCUCAGUGAAGCUGGGGGGCUCAGUGGAGACGCAGGGGUCCAGAAGUACUUCCAAGACAUCAACACUCAGAACCACAAGCUUGAGAACCUUUUGCUCAACAUGGAACUAGCCCAGAAUGGAUUAGCCAAGGAGGGGGAAGCCAUAUUAGGCUGUCGGACCCGAGUUGGAGGUUCGGCGCCAGCAUCAGUGUCAGGGGAAAGUCCAGGGGGAAUACCCAAACCAGCAGUAGGAGGUAGAGGUUCUUGCUCCUGUGAUGGUUCUCCAGCUCGUUCUCUUACCCGGAGCUCCACUUACACUAAGCUGAGCGAUCAGGCGCUGGCGGAUCGGAACGGCAAUGGUCCGGACUUUCCUUGUCUGUCAGGUGACAACACCCAAGACAGCGGCUUUGUGUGCUGUGGGGAAAGCAGUGUACCCAGCCGGGCAGACCUACUGCUGGAAGCUGCAUUCCUCUCAGAGGAAACAGCUUCUUUACUCAACUCUUAUACACAGACCUUCUCCCACUCUCUACCCAACUCCCUUCCCAACUCUUUGCCCAACUCUCUGCCUCACACUUUCUCCCAUACCUUACCUCGUUCUUUCCCUCACAAUUUGUCCCACUCUGUGUCCCACACUAUGCCGCACUCCUCCACCUAUGAGAAGCUGUGCACAGGUGAGCGACUAGCGCCUCUUCGUUGCGGCCUGGGUGGAGUGGGCUGUAUGAGCCACCCAUGCCUGUCCCACCACCACCUCUAUCUGCACCCCCUGCGGGAGACUGGCAUUCAGACCGAAAGCUGCCCCGUCUCUGCAACAGCAGGUUACCCCACUGACCUGGAUACCAUUGCAGAGCAACGCACGUUCCGCUCCCAGGCUUGCAGCCCCACCUCCACCUGGAUGUCUGAUGAGGGGGAGGAAGAGCUGGACUCCAUCACCACCACAACUUCAGUAACCACAGCAACAGUCAUGAGUACAGCCACAGAGCCGAUUCCAGUCUCCAAAACACCGCUGGUCCCUCCCUUACCACGCUCCGCUACUGUGGCGUGUUCCAUGGAAAGUCCAGACCUGUGUGAGAAAGAGGGAGUGGAGGAAGAGGAAAAGCAGGAGAAAGAGAAGAGAGAGAAGGAAACGUUGGCAUGGGAGGAAGAAACAACAGUGAUUGGACUAACAGAAGAGGGGCAGCAGGCACAGAUAGGGUCAGUGGGUGGAAAUGUGUUUGAAGUUCAGGGUACAGUGGAGGAGGCAGCUCCAGAAAUACUGUGCAAUUUAGCAGAGUCCUCAGUAGAGACAUCAACAAAUACAACAGCAGAGCCAUCAGUAGGGAUGCAGGGGGAGCUUACAUUUGGAGGAUGCUGUGGAGAAGGUAGACAGACUGGGACAACUGUGGAAAACCUCAGCAUGCAAGACGGACAACAAGAAGUUGGUCUAUCAGCAGGAUCAACUCAAGUAGAGGCAGCAGAUGGGAGUCCAAGUUGCUCAGGAUUAUCACCAGGUGUAGAGCAGCCUCACACCUCUCAGCCAAGGAGAUCUACUACCCACGAGGAGAUAGCUGGUGUCACUGUAGUGGAGGUCCAUGAUGAGGAUGAUGAAGAAGAUGAAACUAAAGAACAAGGAGCAACAGGGGGGGCCACGCCAGAGGAGGGACAUUCAUCUGACUCUGGUACAAUUGAGAAAAGCUACUGGAGUCGCCACUUCCUGGUCGAUCUGCUAGCAGUGGCCAUCCCUGUUGUGCCAACAGUGGCGUGGCUCUGCCGCGGUCCAGUCCGUGGCGGACAACCCAUGUAUCAUAUAGGGUCGCUGCUGCGCGGCUGUUGCACUGUGGCCCUGCACUCACUGCGCAGGGGAGGUGGAUUGAGGCAUUACCCCGCAGGCGGGGGAGACCUGGGUGGAUCACUGAUAUGAGGAGAAUCUGUUCAGCACCUCUGUGGUCCUUAACUAUGACCUUUCCUGUAUGGGUCUGGGUCCUUAGCUCGCUGGAGGAUAGCUGAAGUAGUGCGAGGAGAGGAAGAGAAAAAUCUUUCUAUCCUGCAUUUUUCAUCGAGGUUAUUGGCUGAGGGGAGCAUCGAGAACAGGAAAUGUGCAUUUAUGACUUUUAUGAAGGUCUCUGGCUGGUCUGUUUGGUCCUGCUCCUUAUUGUCUCUCACCCCACUGGUCCUUGCUCUUGCUACCAAGAUGUCUGCUAAUACUGCUGACUUGUGCAAAACCGAAUGAGCUGAUUGAAAUGAAUGAUCUAUGCUUGGAUGUUUAAUGCUGAUUGUUUGGCUUUUAAAUGCAGGGAAAUGUUAAAGGUUCGUUAAUCUGUCAACCUUCCAGUCUGACUCAAUUCUGACAUGUUCAAAUUAACUUGCGUUGGUGAGUAUAUGAAAUGCGGUAUCUGUAUGUAUCAGAAUGUACACGUGUAACCAAAUGGCGUCGUUGUCUGCAGUAGAUGAGCUAGUGAAUGAGGGCAAAUCCACCCUAAAUCAGAAUUUAUGGAGACAGUUUGGGCUUUUCUAUGAGUCUUUGACAUCUUCAAAACUGAAAACAUGGAGCUUAUCUACUAUCAAAAGACAAUACUCAGGUUGAUUCAAAGGAUACAAACACACUGAAACACUGCAGCAAGGCUGCCAAGACCUACAGACGCAACACAGUGCAUUCAAACACAGCAGAGCUGGGGGAAGGGUUCAACCUCAUUCAAAUGACUGAGGAUCUCAAUUUUAACGAUGCUAACAUCUGAAUACUACCCAAAUGAUCAACUAUCUGGGUGUUGGAUGAUCAGAAAUGUUUGUUUGAGCAGUACCACAAUUUCCUACAUGGAAAACUACUGUAGUGAGCUCAAACAAGCUUGAGCCGUAAGACUGGACACAGAGCUACCGUAGCUUUGUUCAAAGAACAAAAAAAUACUUCUAGCAUACUAGCUGAAAAAUAUACAGAUAAACAUGUUCUUUCUUGCCUAUUUAAUCCGUACACAAAAAUAAAUCUAUCCAAAUAUAUUGUCGUUUAACAGGAAGUUAGGUGCUAGAACUAUUUUCUUGUAAGUAAAAUUUAAAGUGCGGGUCAGUUUGGACAUUUGAUGCUUGGCAAGAAGUUUUUACAUACCACAGAAAGACACAGAAAAACAAUAAAUCUCCUAAGCCUUCUACAACUGUCCUCACUUAAUUUUGCAUCUAUAAGUCACUCUCCUGAAGGAUACACUGGCAUCUUGUUAUCCUCUCCUCAAAGUUGCCCAUCUUUCAACUCUAACUCUGUAUAAGCUGGUGGCUUCACGCUAUGUUCACUGUGUUUCUACCCUGACAGUACAUGAUUAAAUUGAACUAAUUCAAGUUCAUGUGAAGUUGGUCCCCAGUAUUCUGCAAAUCAACAGAUGUAUUCGACUCUAAAAUGUCAUAUUUUAUUUAUUUCAAAACUUCCUAAUGUGAUUAGAUUUUAUCCUGCACAGCACCUCUCUUGGCUUUUACUGUGCUAAGAGUUUGAUGAUUGAUAAUGAUUGAUGCCACAUAAAGACUGGAAGCAGGAAGAAACAGCUAGCCUGAUUCUGUCCACCUUCCAGCACCUUUAAAGCUCACUACUUUUAGGUGUACAAAUUAACACAAUUUAAUCUAAGUAUAAAAAUGACAGGUGUAGUUUUUACAGAGAGCUACCUGUCACACACUUUGUGUUUUUCAUCUCAGUCUUUCUUUGUGGUUUUCAGGUUUGGAGACAGUAAUAAGGACAACAUGGACAUUUUGUUUUAGGGUGGAAUUUCCUGCAUUCAUAUGGCUGAUCCUUGUACCCUGAAGCUUGCAUUUUAAUCAAACAGCUGAACUCAAUUCGGACUCCUUUCAUUUUCACAUUACGCACAUUUGAAAUUCAACACAUCAGAUCUAAUAGGAGACUCAUGUAAUGAUCAGAAACUUGUUUGUAGAUACUCACUGGCUUGGUUUGACACUGUGACGCAGAUCUUAAUGAAGUGAGUUGUGCUCAGUCUGUGCUGUAUAUUUCUGCUAACUUAAAUGCUCUUAUGGUGUAGUUUAACUGUCACUCUGGUAGUGUGUAUUUCAAGUCCACUGUGCAAGAGUUUGUCAGUCACUGCAACAAAAAAAAUCUAUGUUAUUUAUUUAACAGAACUUCUACAAAGCGUUUCUAUUCAUGGAAUGCGACAUGUUAGCUAACACUCCAAAUGUAAAUGGAUAUUUACAGUUGUAUUCAGGAUCAGCAUCUUUGUUUGAGUGUGUUUUUUCCAGAGGACUUUGACGAAAGAGGCAUCUGAUGGCGGUUUCUUCUGUUCGCUGACCUUGUGCAGAUGUUUAACUCUAUGUGUAACGAGGGCAAAUAAGCAGUCUGCAACUGUAAAAUCCAAAUUUCGUCCGACUGUCAGAGACUCAUGAGCCAAAAAGUGGAUCAAGAAACACCCCGACACAACCAGCAUAACUAAGUCUGACACCGACUGAAUCGUUCAGUUCUGUGGUGAAGAAAUAAGCAGCAUGAAUCUUUUUUUAAUUAUUUGGUUGACAUAUUUUGCACUAUUGUUCACUUUAUGAAUUUUAAGCAAUUACUUGAAGUUGAGAUUGUACAUGUAUCCAAAGUGUUGUAUGUCCACUGAGUUCUGACUGAUUGUUCUGUUGGUCUGCUAAUGCUUAAAGGUAAAAAAUGAAACAGGCGAAGUGUAACCAAGGUAACGGUAAAGACAUUUCAGGUAGAUUCUCAAUAUACACCUAUGGUUCAUGUCAUAAUUUCUGUGAAUGCUGUAAAGUGGCUGCCUUUCAUCCAUGAUACGUCUGACCACAACAUGUAUCUACAAAACUAGAAGUGCACUCGGAGAGCAGGCCAGCAGUCCAGUCUUCUAUGAUAUGCAAAUCUGCAUGUGCAACCACUAUAUUACAAUUGACCUAUCUCGCAUCGACAGCAAAAGUGAAACAUAACAUGCGUAUCUGCCCUGUGAUUUGGCUCCUUUAAGAAUGGGUUGUUUUUCUCUGUAAUCCUGCUGACAAACAAAACAACCUCCUCGACUGAGGUCAAAAUGGACAUUGUUCAAACACUGACAGAGAAUGAGCAGCAUCAGACGUCAAUGACAAUCACAACUAUCCCUAUCUGUGUUUGGUUUCAUCCAUCUGAAGGAUCCACGACAGCAGCGGCCGUUAUCAAUGUAUUAAGAUUGAAUUAUUGUGAGAGACACACCAGACCUUCUCUUUUCCGCUUCCACGUUCGUCCAUAACUUCUCUUCAUUGUCAGCUGUGCACUGGUUGUGUUCCCAUUUCCUGACUGUAUGAACCGCUCGACUAGAUGUGGAUUAGGAGGCUUCAUGUUUUACAAAAAAAGCCAUAUAUCCUGUGAGGGAACAGGUGUGAGAAUGUGGGAGGCGGCCUCCUCCUCUCAAUAUUAAUGUAUUGUAAGAAAAAAUCUCUCAUGAUGAAAGUCGUGUGAAUCAUAAAUACUGUGUCAGCAUUGUACAGUGCUUUGAUUUGAGUCGAUCAAACUCACGCUGUCAUUGAACGGACUAUUGAAACAAACAGGGUGAUAGAGGAAAGGAAGGAUUCGAUUUCCAGGUUCAGAUUUCAGGAGUUCAGGCUUGUUGUGGGUGGCAGCAAUCAUCUUCACGCAUCAUUUAUCUCUAUGCACAACAGUCUACACUUUAGCUGCACUAUGUGCUGUUGUAUGUAAGUUUAUUUCUAAACUGUAGUGCAUUGUUAAUAUUGUGGUACGGAGUCAUCCCAGAGUCCUGAAUGAUGUUGUUUUUUUUCAACUUGCUUGCACAAGAUGAUAACUUGUACGUACAAGUUGCCAUUUAAUAUCUCGUGCUUCUUAUGCACACAAGUCAUGCUGUUUGUGCGUACCACAUAAUACUACCUAAUACCUAGAGUAAUACCUUUUGCACACAAGUUAUCUUGAGUGAUCAAACAUCUUCUGCAAACAAGAUUGAAAAAUAGUUUUUGUUUAGUUUGUUUUUUUAGGACUUUGUGUUCUAUGGCUUUUUGUGUUUUGCUUGAAUAUGUUUAAUGUAUGCAGGUUUUCCCUGUUGUACACCUUCAUGUCUUCACUCACUAGUCCUGACAGGUUUUGUGAACAUAAUAAUAAUCAUGGAGCAUGUGUUGUCCU